CUGUUUUUGUUUCUGUUGUUUUCACUUUUCACCAACAAUUUAAACUCAUCAUUUAAAAGAAAUCAAUUAAUCAGUGAUUCUCCCAAUAAAUAUUAAUCAAAUUGUCAAAGUGUUUCUACUCUCCAAAGGAAAAAUAAAUUCUCCCAAAAUUUAAUUUCACCUUCGCUCUUAAUCAAUUGUCUCUCUGUUAUUAUGGAUUCUCAAGAAAAUAACAAUUCAAAUAUGGCCAAUGAUAGUGAUGAAGCUGAAAAGGAGACCAUGGAGGAGAUAGAGGAAGAGGAGGAUGAAGAGAUGGAGGAAGAUUUAGUUUCCGAUGAUGCAUUUUGGCAUGUUGAAGCAAGUUGGCUCAAUGGAUUUGAGCCUGGAAUGAAUAUUGAGAUUGUACAUGACGAGAAAAAGUAUUGGGUCGCUAAAAUAAUCAACGUUUUCUCCAACCUUUUAUCCAUCAAAUGGGCUGGCUGUUCAUCCGAUUCCUGGAUUGAUGUUAAAGCUAAUAAAUGUUUCCCUUAUGGUUACCUGAAACAUGACCAUGAAUUUACCUUCGAGGCUCCCGAUAAGGUACCAAUUAGUUAUGAAGCCGCUUGUGAUUAUGAAGUUGAAUAUACCGAUGAUGGAGAGCCGGUUGAUAAAAGUAAACCGUUGAGUUUAUAUCUUUCUGGUGGACUCAAUCCGGCUCAUGUUUUCAAGGUUGGAAUUAUACUGGAAAUAUCUCAUCGACUUGAUCCAGAUAAACACUGGUUCGCUGAGGUUAAACGUAAUGUUGGCGGUAGAUUAUUUGUUAAAUGGGUUCACUCAUGUGAUAAAGAACCCGAUUCAGAGCCAAAUACUCCGGUUGAAUUUUGGAUCUUCUAUAGUCACCCUCGAAUUUAUCAUUUGGGUUAUGCUAAAGAGGAAGGUGACAUCUCUUAUGAGCCCGUUUUCCUUUACAAUUCUUGGGUCUCCGAUAUAGCUAAAAUUUUAUCCGCUCAAGACGCUGAGACAACUCAAACCGCUAAAUAUUUACUUAAUUUGGCUAAAUCAAAGAGACCACCAUUACUUGAUCCAUCAUCCAUAAAGAAUAGUAAUCUAAGUGAUUUAGCAUUAACCUUUCCCUCUAUGGGUAAAUUGGUUCCUGUUAUCAUUCAAAAUAAAGGAGAUGAUCAUAUUAUCGUGUCCAGUCAAACCGGAAAAAUGGUCAGCUGUUAUCCAAAUGAUGACAAUGUUAUCCUUUUACCAAGUUCAUGGGCAGAAGAGCAUGAUUUUAGUUUAUACAAUUUUGAAGAUGCUACAAAUGAUUUACGUAAUUAUCUUAACAAGCACAAGGCCAACGAAGCUCCAAUUAAAUUGAUUGAUGAUGAUGAUAGAAUACAAAAAUUCAAAGUCAAUCAUAAACUUCAAGUUGUUCACCCUCACGAUCCUACAAUGAUAUGUGAAGGUAUUGUCACUAGAUUGACACCACCUUUGGUUUGGGUCGAAAUCUCAGCUGACCUGGUUACUGUGCUGCCUUAUAAUUCAACCGAUUUGUAUCCCUCUGGUUUCUGUGAGGAUAAUUCAUAUACUCUGACAAAACUGUUGACCUCUUCAACCACUUCCAGUACAACUAAAAAACUCGUCAAGCGUCGUGAUGAGUCAAAUGUUGGUGAAAAUUCAACUGAAAAAUCAUCUGAAACCAAGGCAGCAGCCACAAUACCACCAGAACCUUCAACAUCUCGUUCUCAUGUUUGUCCUAGAAUUUAUUUUAACCAUAAAUGUUUUACUGGCCCUUUAUUGAGUAAAACAAAGAUUCGAGAGUUACCUCGAUUUGUUGGUCCAGGACCCGUUUUAUUAGUUAUGCAAGAAGUUAUCGCAAAAAUUAUUUCCGUUGCCUAUGUACCACCAAGAGUUCUUAAUGAGAUGAGUUCACGAUCUUUUGUUGAACUUUUAUCGAAAAACAAACUCAAAUCUGCUCGCACAACAAAUUUCAAAGCCAAAUACAACAAGAAAGCAUUCCGAGAUGAGAUAAUUGUUAUUUCUGAUACUAAAGAUGUAGCUGAAUAUUGUAAACUGGUUUGUGGUCAUCUUAAGUGUUGCUAUCAUCUUUUUGGUCCUGAUCUUUAUGAUGGUGAUGAUUGUCCAUCUCAUUGUAGAGGUUUACGAAAAACCAACAAAGUUCUCAAACGUGCAAUAUAUUAUCGUCAAAAAGCAGCUAAAACAAAAACCCCCGCUGAUUCUGUAGGUAAACAGGUUGAUUCACCUGCAGGAUCAUCUUCGGGUGCCAAAGAGUUGGAAUCAUCUGAAAACAUUGAACCAGAGGUUGAAACCAAGGGAAGAGGUAGACGAACAAGAGAAGCCAAAGAAACACUGAAACAGGGUAAAGUGUCACCAAUAAACGCUAACCCAACUACAGCCACGAACACAACUAAUCAACCGAUUCAAUUAAUGACUCGUAAAUUAUCAGCGGCUUUAAGAAAAGGUGGAGAUGAUGAAAAUUCCCAAGAAAACUGUCCAUCUGAUAAAUCGGGCGAUUUUCGUGAAGAAUCACCAAGUGAUACAAAUUUCCGUGAAUCAACCAAUCUUAGCCGUAGUAAACGUAAUGAUAAAACGUACGAAAGGUCAAUUCCUAAAUCAUCCAGCAACAAUACCAAUAAUAAUACCAAUAAUAAUACCAAUAACACUAAUAAUAAUACUAAUAGUAAUAACAAUAGUAAUAAUAAUAAUAAUAAUAAUAAUAAUAAGCGUAAAUAUGAGGAAAUCAUGGAAACUGUUUCAAGUAAUGGUUCAGAAAAUUCACUUGACCAUCAUCUUGUUUCUCAACCAAAUCGUCACCAACAAAAUCGUCGCCGUCAACAUAUAUCACAUCUUGAAAAGAAAAUGGUCCGGCGACUUCCACCUCCACCACCACCGCCUCGAAAAUCUCACAAACCUGAAGCUUCAACUGCUUAUAAAUUUGAUCCAAAUGAUCGUCUUCAUCCGGUCAACUGGUCAACUCGAGAUGUUAGCAAUUAUUUCCGAGACAAUAGAUGUUACACUCUCUCUGAUACCCUUUUUGAACAUGAAAUUGAUGGCUUGGCUCUCCUUCUUUUGGACAAUAAAUCACAAUGGAUGAAUCUAAUGUUAGGAUUUUCUCGGAGCAAUAAUCUCGACGAUGUGAAUAAAUUAUCUCAAAUAAUUCGUAAACUUAAAUCACGCUUUUUCCCUGGAGCGAGUCAAAAUUAUAUCCAAUUAGUUAUCAACAAAGUAGCUCUUCAAAGACAAACAAGACAACCUUUAAAUUGUUAACCAACAAUUUAUUUAUAUUCCCACAAUUUAAAACAAAAACAAAUCUCUUUCCUUAUUUAGUUUUACACAUGCAUAUCUCAUACAUAUAUUUAUCUCUCUCUCUCUUUCUUUCUCUAUUCACAAUUAAUUAAAAACGACAAAAAAUCAUCAAUAAUAAUAAGAAA